GCGGGAAUCCGGGCGGCCAAGCCGUCCUUCGUGUCCUACGUGCGGCCCGAGGAAAUGCACACCAGCGAGAAGGAAACGGCAGAGAAGGAAGUAAAUCUUCGUUUGCUACCAGGAGAACAGGUGCUUUGUGAAGCCAAUACGGUGGUGAAGGUCAUACAGGAAGAUUCUUGCCAACACGGAAUCUGCGGGAGACUAGUUUGUACAGACUUCAAAAUUGCUUUCCUGGGCGAUGAGUCGGCGUCAGAGGAAAAUGAACUCCAAUUUAAAAAUAAAGUUUUAGGGGAAAAUGAUAUUACUCUCCACUGUGUCGACCAGAUCUAUGGAGUGUUUGACGAGAAAAAGAAAUCUUUGUUGGGACAACUGAAGAAAUACCCAGAGAAACUCAUAAUCCACUGUAAAGAUCUCCGAGUGUUUCACUUUUGUUUGAGGUACACGAAGGAAGAGGAAGUUAAAAGGAUUGUCAGUGGCAUAAUUCAUCAUACCCAGGCUCCUAAAUUACUUAAACGGUUGUUUCUAUUUUCCUAUGCAACUGCCGCACCAAGCAAUGCAGUCACAGAUAAGAGAAAUCAAACUGUGAUGUUUGACUCAAUUAAGGACUGGCGUCAGGAGUUGGAGCGCACCAGAGGAAAUAUGAAGUAUAAAGCAGUGAGUGCCAAUGAAGGCUACAAAAUCUGUGAAAAGUUGCCAGCAUACUUCGUUGUUCCGAUCUCUCUUCCUGAAGAGGACAUCUCACGCUUCCAAGGAAAAGGCGUACCGAUUUGGUGUUGGUCUUGCCAUAAUAGCUGUGCUCUUCUGAAGAUGUCAGCUUUCCCCAGAGAACCAGAUGACAGCACUUUGCAGAUACAAAAAGCCUUCUUAGAUGGCAUAUACAAGACAAUUCACAAGCCACCUUAUGAAAUGGUGAAAACUGAAGACCUAUCAAACAGCCUAUCCUUACAAGAAAUCCAGACUGCAUAUUCCAAAUUUAAACAGCUUUUUCUGAUAGACAAUAUUUCAGAGUUCUGGGACACAGAUGUAAAAUGGUUUUCAUUACUGGAAAACAGCAACUGGCUUGACAUCAUAAGACGCUGCUUGAAAAAAGCAAUAGAGAUUGCUGAGUACCUGGAAGGACAAAACAUAAAUAUCCUCCUUUUAGAAGAGAAUGCAUCUGAUAUAUGCUGCGUAAUAUCCUCUCUGGUGCAAGUGAUGAUGGACCCAUAUUGCAGAACCAAGCUUGGUUUUCAGAGCCUUAUCCAGAAGGAAUGGGUAAUGGGAGCCCACUCUUUCUUGGAUCGCUGUAACCACCUCCGCCAGAAUGAAAAAGAGGAGGUUCCUGUUUUCCUGCUUUUCUUGGAUUGUGUCUGGCAGUUGGUACAACAGUAUCCUCCGGCGUUCGAAUUCACGGAGACUUACUUGACCGUUCUGUCGGAUAGCCUGUACAUACCGAUUUUUAGCACCUUCUUCUUCAAUUCGCCUUGUCAAAAGGAUAGUAAUCUGGCUGGGGAAAGCCAGGAUGCACAAAACAGGCCUUUGAAUCUCCUCUCUGUCUGGGAUUGGUCUGUGCAGUUUGAACCCAAGGCCCUGUCCCUGCUCAACAACCCUCUUUAUGUGGAGAAGCCCAAGUUGGAAAGAAGCCAGAAGAAAGCAACACCCUUCAAGCAUCAGCGACAGCUUUCUUUGCCACUCACCCAAACCAAGUCAUCUCCCAAAAAAGGAUUUUUCAGGGAAGAAACAGAUCACUUUAUUAAAAACAUCCUGGGCAAGAGAAUUAGCAAAUUAAUUAAUUCCUCCGACGAGGUUCCAAAUAACUUCCGAGAGUUCUAUGACACCUGGCACGGCAAACCCGUCGACUACCAUGGACUCCUGCUUCCUCAUCUAGAAGGACCAGAAAUCAAAGUCUGGGCCCAGCGAUACCUGCGCUGGAUUCCGGAGGCCCAGAUUUUGGGAGGUGGUAUGGUCACCACAGUAGCUAAAGUCUUGGAAAUGAUGGAAGAAGUUCAGAGCCUGCAGAAGAAAAUAGACGAGAAACACAACAGUCAAAAAUCCCUUCAAACUGACAUCGUUUCACUCCUGAGGAAGUCUACGCGCUUGUCCUCUUUGUUCCCCUUUGCUUUACUCCAGAGACAUUCCUGGAAGCCUGUAUUGCCCACUGGUUCUCGGAAAGCUUUGGGAGAUGAGGGAGAUGAGGAAGAUUUAGCCAAGAGAGAAGAUGAGUUUGUCGAUCUAGGUGAUGUGUAGUCGAAAGCCUUCAACUUCCCGGAAACUGUACAGAAGGAGAGUCUGGGUGAAGAUGCAGGGAGCGUCAAACAAGUUGGAAUUCUGAACUAAAUGGAUCCCCUGUAGUUUCAUCUGUGGGGGGUGAGUUUUGUGCCGGGGCUCCUUAGCUAGUACCCUUCCAUUUUAAAACCGGGACACCAGGCUGACCCGGCUCUCAUUUUUAACCCGGUUGGGGAAAGUCUAUGCAACGGAACCUGAGUUAUUUGCGAGAGUUUACAGCUUGACGUAGAAAUAGGAUCACACCUUUUCUGUUGCGUAUGGCAGUGUUAUAAAACAACUCCAGGGAAGAUCACUGAUGACUGGAUUAUGGCUAAGGAGUGAGCAAGAUAUUCUUACUCUUGAUGCCGUCCCCUUCCAAAAAAAAAAAAAAAAGACAAACCUUCUGGGCCAAGAGAAUUACCCAGUCAUUAAAAAUGAUCAGUUUUGUGUAGCCACCCUCAGUUAGGAACAAGACACAUCCCGAGGGAGGGAGGUGGGAGCAGUGCGUCGAAAGAGCUAGAUUGGGGGCAGAGAGGAAGACCAAAACGUUUAUGGAAAGGUGUACUGAGCCCUCAGCACAUGAUGUAUCCAUCCCUGUCUGUCUUCACCACCCAGCUUGCAGUGUUCUGAAUCCUCAUCCCUUCUUUAUGCUCCCCCCGGGGAGCUGGUGGCUGCACAGGCACUCCGAGAUCCGCUUUGGAGGGGCUUGGGGGGCUCCAGGCCAAAGCCUGUCACUCUUGCCCACUUGACUCCACUCCAUUUAGGACCAUUUUCUCUCACACACACACACACACACACACACUGUGCUGCCUUGGUACACUCAGUCCCCAGUGGCUUGCUGCUAAUUCUACUUGUUGGACUGGGAAACUGGAGUUUGCCCUGAAAACCUCCAUCAGUAGAGUGAGGUUUAAUUUUCCCCUCUGUGGCCCUAGCUUUGAAGCAAUAGCUGAACAUUUCCAGUUAGAGUGCACUGAUACCGAAGACCUCCAUUACUAGAGCAUUAAGAGGCGUCACCCUUGGUGGCGACCCUGGAAUUGUCUACCGGUGUUGUCUUUUUUACAGACAGUAGGAUGUGGCCAUUGGCAAAUGAGGAAAACCUCCGAACAUUAGAAUCAAAUGUUUGAAUGUCAUACAGUACCUCAGUGAUUUUUUAAAAAGCCAUAGAAGAGAUGUAUUAUGACUGACAACUUCUCCCCUCCCGCCCACCUCCCUGCUAUGUAAACUCUAUAUUUUUAAAAUGUGGAAGAGCACACUUUGUAAGGACCAGUAUUUCCUCCUGCAAAAAACUCUCACAAGAAGAGAUGGCGCUUUGACUUUAGGAGGAGGUUUCAGAUUGAAUAUUUUAUCUUUCUCUGUGUGCGUUAGCCAGUGCGGACCCUGCCGAAAUGCUCGAUGUUAAUCAAAACUUGUAGUCGAAUUGCUCAAGGACAGCCAUAAGGAAUGUUUAAGCUGUUGCUGAGAGGACUUUCUAAAUUUGCACUGAACCAUCUUCUAAACGUUUAGUACGCUGUUCGCUAGUCUCCCAGCUCUGACUUCUCAGUCUGUUGGAGAGACCUUGUGUUGAGAGGAUGAUGAGAUUCACGCAGCUGGGUGCCAAACUAAAGGUCAAGUCUUGUUCUGCCUUAUGCAUCUUAAUAUUGGAGACAGUGUUAUGCUUGCAGUAGCUAUUUUUAAAUCUACCCGUUCCUCAGCUAUCUUCACAGACCAGUUAAGAGCUUUCUUAAGCCAGCACUAAUCUUCACACAUUCUUUUCCGUCGACACACUAUGGAGCUAGCUAGCUUUUGUUACCGUAUUAUAGGGUGAAUAUUUAUUCAGUAGCCUAUACCGCAUUUGGACUUCAAUAAACCGGAAUUUCAUAAAUGCUUGGAUUGCUGCUCUUUGCUCCAGAAAUCAUUCCAUUUAAAGUCAGAAAGUUGUUGCCAUUGUAUUAGAAAUAGUUCUAUGUGCAGAGGGAUGUUUUCUACUUUUUUAUUGCUGUCCAGAAGGAAAAGGAUUAAACUAUUGUUAAAUCAUGACAGUUAUGUUAUUUAUAUUUGCAAUCAGAUUUCUAUACCUUGUAUUUGUGUACAAAAUUUUUAAAUGGAUUUAUAUAUUAAAGGAAAUUUCUAUACAGGAUGGGAACUUGGGCAAAUGCUUACCCUGAACAGUUAGUGAGGCCAUUAAACUUUGUUAUGCUGCACUGCAAGAUUGAAAAUGUACCUUGGUUUAAAGUAUAUAGUACCCUGGAUUUCUGUUCAUACCUCUAAGGUGUUACACUGAAUACCAACUAGCUUUAAUUGAAUUCUAAACUUGCCUGUUAUUUUUUUAAAGGAAUAAGCUGUUGGGGCAGUAAUCUGUGUAAAUUUUGCUUUUUCUUACUGUAUGUACAACUGGAGUUUACUUGUAUCACACUGUACUAUAUUUGAGUGCAGGAAUUAAAGCACAGUUAAAGAUGA